GAAUACAUGUCUGACACUGAUUUUGUGACAUUCGAUAUCGACCGUCUGAAAUUGUCGUGAAAUUGUGCGAUUGCCUUAAAUCUUGUCUUGGGACAGUGAAAAUUAAUAAUCCCAAGGCAUAAGAGUGUUUGUGAAAGUCGAAAAUGGGUCUUGUGUGCUCAACAGCGCAGCUCGCCUGCCUUUGCGGCAGCACAGCAUGCAGCUUUUGCUGCUCGCAGUGUCCAACAUGCCGGAACAGCACCAGCACUCGCAUCAUGUAUGCUCUAAUGCUGUUAUUGGGUACGAUCGCAGCCUGCAUCACACUUUCUCCGGGACUCCAAUCAGCUCUGACAAAGGUUCCGUUCUGCUCCAACAGCUCAUCCUAUGUUCCAUCCGAUUUCAAAUUCGACUGCAAAGACGUUGUUGGCUUUCUUGCCGUCUACAGGAUGUGUUUCAUUCUCACACUCUUUUUCCUUCUGAUGUCUCUCAUCAUGAUUAGGGUUAAAAGUUCCAAAGAUCCAAGAGCCGCGAUUCAAAACGGUUUUUGGGCUAUCAAGUACCUCCUUGUAAUCGGUGGGAUCAUAGGCGCCUUCUUCAUCCCAGAAGGAUCGUUUGGAAUAACUUGGAUGUACUUUGGAAUGAUCGGUGGAUUUCUAUUUAUCAUUAUCCAGCUGAUUCUAAUUGUCGAUUUUGCUCAUUCUUGGGCAGAUGCUUGGGUCUCAAAUUAUCACGAAACUGAAUCUAAGGGAUGGUAUGCUGCACUGUUGGGAUCCACUUUUCUGUCUUACGCAGGCGUAAUAACCGGAGCUGCUUUGCUAUUCGUUUAUUUCACAAUCCCUGGUGGCUGUGAUCUGAACAAGUUUUUCAUAUCGUUCAACUUGAUACUGUGCGUCAUAGUUAGUGCCGUUUCCAUCCUACCAAGUGUUCAAGAUAAACUGCCUAACAGCGGUCUUCUUCAAUCUUCCAUCGUCAGUCUUUAUGUAAUUUAUCUCACAUGGAGCGGAAUUUCAAACAGCCCAGAUUCUGAAUGCAAUUAUCGGUUUAGUUCGAAAGAUGCGAAGCUCGAUAAGGAAAGUAUCAUCAGCUUGGUGAUAUGGAUGUGUUGCGUUCUGUACAGUUCACUUCGCACCGCUUCAAAAUCAUCAAAGCUCACCAUGUCUGGGAAUGUAAUGGCCAAAGAUAACGGUGCUGUUUGGAAUCAAAGAGACCAAUCUCUAGUCGGCAAUGAAGAUUAUGUUCCAGUAGAAAGUCCUUCUGGAGAUCACGAAGAGGGGGGAGAAGCCAAAGUAUGGGACAACGAAGACGACAGCGUUGCCUAUAACUGGAGUUUCUUCCACUUCAUGUUCGCCCUGUCAACUCUUUACGUCAUGAUGACUCUCACCAACUGGUACAAGCCUAAUUCAGACCUGUCUCUGUUAAACGCAAACGCGGCAUCGAUGUGGGUGAAGAUAAUUUCGUCUUGGCUGUGUCUUGGACUCUAUGUCUGGUCUUUGAUAGCUCCAGUUCUUCUGCCUGACCGUGAAUUUUCAUAUUAAUACGAAUAUGCUCGUCAUAAAUCUCGGUCGGAAUAGCAGAAGCCUGCCCACCUAAGAUUACAUCUGAUUGUGAGUAAAAUAAAAUAUUAAAUUAGUUUAUGGGUACAUACAUACCAGUCAAAAAAUCUACUACCUGUCAGAUCCGAUAAUUGAUCACAAAUUAGACUUAUUACGUACGUAUGCAUAUGCUAUAUUCCUAUACAUAUAAUGUCAUAUUCUUGUUCUUAGCUG